GUCAUCCUCGGUGCCAUCACUGGAGAGGGUGGCCUUCUGUUCUACAUCUCCAAGGGAAUCACAGACGCUGUCAUGGGUGGCAGUGGCGGCGACAUCACCUUCACAUCGCCUACGAAGUUCAUUGUCAGCCCGCUGACGGAUGUCUUUGUGGAUCCGAACAAGGAUGUCACCAAAGCCCUGUCCCUGGGCGCGCCGAAGGCCACCGCCAUGCCA